GCACGUUACCCACCGCGAAGCCGAGGCACAAAGGCGCUUGUGUCAGGAAUGCUGUCCCAUGAGAAUAAGGAGAGGGCGGGAGACAAUGAGAGAGAGGGGAAGCGGAAAAACCAGCUGUGCGAGUUUGCGUUCCUCUGAAGAUGCAUCAUGCAGCACUGACAAAAGGUCUCCGAGAAACAGUUCUGAAAACGGUCUCCAAAAAAAAUAUAUCAUUAAUAAUGAAGUAAGGGGGAAGGAUGGAGUACAAAGUACCGUGGCUUUCUGUUUGGUUAUGAGAAACUUGUCUACUGGCUGCUGUGGGAUGGAAGCUAUUGUCUUUUUAAGAGCAGCGCUAACAGGUGUUUCUGUAAGAUGACACUUCUGCACAUGGAUCCUAGAAAGACUAGCCAGCUUUCUACCCUUUCAAAGGUACAGGACAACCGGCGAGCUCAUGACUAAAAUGGAAACGUAACCCGAAAGAGGACCCAGGAAAUGCAACGACGACAGCUGGCACCAAGAGGAACCACGGCUGUAGCGAUGCAGCUUCUGCGAGGUUAGCAGAGCGGAGUGGCAACCGCCCACCCGAAAACGAAAGGAGGAAAAAGUUGAGCUGUGUGGAGAAAAUCAACUUCCUCAAAAAAUAAAAUAAAUGUAAAAACUUUCCUGUGAGGGUAAAGGUAACCUGAUACAAGUGGAUACGUUUUCACUGGGCUGUGCCAGAUCCCACCAAGAAGAAGAAAAACAUACGUCUUGUUUCCAUGGACUUCUCUCUAGAGGGUUCUGAUCUCGACAGCUGUAGUUCUGACAGCCAGCUGCCUGGACACGACGUGAGUGGAUGAAUGGGGAGCGGCCGUCCUCACACAUGGAAUAAAGCGAGCCUGGUUAUGAUUGUACAAACGUGAAUAAAUGACACAGCUUUUCUAUGGAAAAACACAGUCUGAAUUACAGUGCUGCUCUUGUUCUCCCUUCAAACUUGGUUGUCACUCUGAACUCAUCCCUAGCCAACGCAAGAUUUUAAAAAAGGAUGGAACUAUCUGAAGAUCUAUUACCCAAAUGUAGCACGCCUCCCGGUGCUUUGUCUAAGCCAGGUUCCGCAGACAUUACAGCUGAAUGCAAAGCCCAGGGCUUGGAAUCCACCACAAACACACCACUUCCAGCAGUGCCACAAGGUCACAACCGUCGUUUCAUAAUCCGCUCCGCUACUGAGCUCGCUCCAUCCAAAGAAACAAAUAGGCCUCAGAAGGACCUUGGUAGAAUUCGGAGUGUCUAUGAGGGGAAAGGCAACAACUUACUGCCUGAGGAAUGCGGGAGCAAGGACACAGACAGACAACCAGAAAAUGACAUCCGCCGGCUUUCAACGACUGUCACCGGGGAUGAUACAGAAGACCAGAUCAGAACUUCAUCUGAUCUAGAGUCCAAUCAGCUCAAGGCCCAGAACUGGGAAAAAUAUACAAAAGACCUGAAAGAAAAAGUAAGACUGAAUACUCAAGGGAAUCGAGAGGUAGGAAAACCUGAAAGAUGUCAUAGUGAAGAUUAUAUGAAACCAGACAUGUUGAGAGGGAGGGCAGAACUGCAAAAGGGCAACGGGCCAAGUAGGAGCAGGAGCGUGGACCUGGGUGGGCAGUCAAGUAAUGAUGGAGGGAAUGCUUGGGAGCAAAACUUCUGGAAAAACAACAUGCAGCGGGCAGAGAGUUUAGACAGAGGAACAACAUCCAACACAAAGGAUCUUGGUGUGCUACCCAGGACUGAUUUGUACCAGUCAGUCGUAAAAACAGAGGGAAAAAAGCCCUUGGGAGGCUCACCAGUAACAGGCAGCACUCAUGGACUUUUGUAUUCAAAAAUGGGCAACGACUGUCAGUCACUGCCAUCUCGGAGAAAGCUGAAUCGGAGUGAUUCUGGGGAGGGAAAAGAUUUGGGGGAUCCAAGUCAGGAUGGUCCUUGCCUGGGUAAGCUACAAUUCAGUCCUCUCUCUGGACCUGUAGACUCUGAAGCUAACAGCAGGAAAGUUGAAGAGGUAUCUGCAAACCAGUCUAUUCGGAAUCGGAUUGAGAAAUUGUUUGGGUCAAAUAACAUGGGUAUGGCUACAAAAUACCACCAGGAACCUUUGGGGGAUUACACGCAGCAUACUAAACAGGGCCUUGAAGACCACAAUAAUCUUAGGCCUUCUUUGUCUGAUACCCAUUGGAAAGGUAUUCCAUACAAAGGCCCCAAGGGUGGCACAUUCCCCAGGAUUCAUUCUGUGGAGGAGAAACUUACUGGUCAUGGAAACUUGUGCACUGACAAAAAAAGCGUGUGCAAUUUGAAUCGAGAGAUGCCUCCAGUAUGCUCUGCUGCAGGUGACCAAACUUCAUUAACAGAACUCACAGUUAGUGACUGCAAACACCAAUUUAGGUUAUUUGACAGCCCUCAGAAGAACCCUUCUGUUCUAAUGCCACCCCGAUUAUUUAGGCCUAAUCCUGGGGAUAUGUUACUGUCUGGAAAGAAUCCUCCACUGCAGAGACAAACCAAGCUUGUAAUGGACAAGGGGGAAAGAUGGAGAGAGUUUGAAAUAGAGAAGGAUAUGAUGCAGGAAGAGCAUGAAAUAGGUAGAUCAAAGAAGAAGAAAGAGGCUGAUGUGAUGCGAGACCAAGUACAUAAUGUUGACCAACAAAAAGUGGCAGAGGGAAAUUCAGCAGGUAAAUUGGUAAAGGAAAGUGGGGAAGACAGCAAUAUGCAAUCAAAAUCAAUGAGAGUCGUGUCCGUUGUCCAGAGAAGUCCUACAGUGAAAAUCUGCACGACACUGGACUGGCCCCUGCAGGCAUCACAGGCAGAAUCACAGUCAGCAUCGCAAGAGGCAGUCUCAGCUCCAAGAAGGUUGAAUAAAGAAGCAAAGAAAGACACCCUUGAUAAUCCAUGUGGCAAAAUAAAGGAUCAGAAGGGGAAACCAGACCCUGUAAAAUUUAGGGUUGACUUUCCAGAUAGUGUACGCAAUAAAAUCCGCAAGUUUGAAACUCUGGCCCAAAACAGCCAGCCAUCCCCACUGCCCUCAUCACGAUCUCAGAGAGCAUACUCUGUACAGGACCCGCCCAGAGAAUUAUGGGGAGGAUGGGAAAAGAAGGGCGUACCAAACAAAGCUUCGGCUGGGAAGGGAGAUUGUGGGCUUCAAGUUUUCAAUGACAACCUUUGGUCUAAGGGAGAAGGGAAAAGUAAUGUAGAGGUAGAUGGAAGGCCAAGUGGCUAUGUAAUAAGAUCUAUUUCAAUAGAUGAGGCGGGGCAGAGGAGAUGUGACAGGAGAAUGGUUUGCGGAAAUAAAUGUGAUGGCUCUAAGGCUGGAGCUGGAUUACACGGGGCUUCAGUUGAGCCACAUUCCUCAAAGGUUCGUCACACAGACACCAAAGGGGAAGUAAAAUCACAAGAAGAAAUCUCUCAACACCUCGAUGCAAAACAACUUAAUACUCUUCAGAAAACUGAUGGGAACAACAAAAACAGUAUUAGUGGUCAUAAUGUUUACGAUUCAAUGAAUGCAUCAAGUGUAGAAUACAAGGCACCCAAUUUCCCAAAGAGGUCGCCUCUUAUUCAUGUCAGCAAUAUAACUUCCAGCUGCCCAAAUCAGGUUUGUAUUUCAAAGAUGGAAUCCCCAGCUUCAAUGAAUAUGCUAAAAAACAUCAAAAGCACACCUUCACCUCCUCCACCCAACCUACCUACAAGUGUCCCUACUCCACCUGCCUCAAAGCCUCAGUCAUCCAAUAUCAUCUCCUCCAAUGACUCCCUACUUCACAUUGGGAAGACUCCCCUGGAAAGAGACAGUGCGUGUUCUAGUGUCCACAAGGCCAGGUGGAGUUCAGACGAAGAAGAGUCUGACAAAGAUGAUGACAGUGGCACAGAGAAAGAAGAGAACUCCGUUUAUGAUUCGGACUCUGCAGAAUCGUCAGUUACCAUCACUAGUAAUAUGAGCCAGUCUGAUCACAGGAGCUUUUCAAUCACUCUAGCUGAUCUGUGUCAUGUUGGUGGUGUGGACUACGUGUUCAAUGAUGAGGGCAGCCUGGACCCAGACUCCUUGGACUACACAUCACAUCGGACAGCUUCUCUAAGUUCGGAAGCUUCUGCCCUCUCGUGUGUGUCAAUACUUAGUGCCGAUGAGUUGGAUCGCCUGCUCAGUGAUGUCAGGAGCCUGGGCGAUGAAACGUUGCAGAACUAUGAAGAUGUGCAGGUUGUCGUUCUGCACAAAGAGGUGGGGUCUGGGCUGGGCUUCACAUUAGCUGGUGGUGUUGAUCAGAACAAGCCCAUUACGGUCCACAAGGUGUUCUCUGGCAGUGUUGCCUCCCAGGAGGGCUCAGUUUGUGAGGGUGACCGGGUCUUGUCAAUCAACGGCACUAAACUGCAGAACUCGACCCACUGCGAGGCACUGCGCACCCUCAGGAGGGCUCGGUCGAGAGGCAUGGCAGUCGUGGUGCUUCAGAAGGACAGCCUCACAAAGCCACAAAAAGCCCAGAACAAUCUGAGUCAACGGCAGCUAGACCCGGUCACCGUGAAUACAAGAGGCAGGACACUGACAGUGGUGUUGAAUAAAAGCAGCACAGACUUAGGCUUCAGUCUAGAGGGGGGACUGGGCUCCAGCCAGGGUGACGGGCCAAUUGUCAUCAAGAAGGUCUUCCAGGGUGGCCCAGUGAAUGAGGUGCUGCCAGGGGAUGUGCUGUUGAAAAUCAAUGGACACAGCCUGCAGGGUUUACACAGACUGGAGGCCUGGAACUUGAUUAAGAAGCUGCCCCCUGGGCCCGUGGAAGUGUUGCUUAAUCGUCCUCUUUAAUAUAUGCCCAAUGACAUUGGGACAGCACAACAACUGGUAUGGAUUUCACAACCCAAGCUCUACAGAUGUCAGAAAGAGAUAAAACGUCUUUGUGUCAGGCAGAAACAAGAACCCGGAAGAGAAUGAAGACAAGAAGCAUCACGUGGAAUAACAAGCACUUAUACGAUAUGUUCAAAAAAAGUGUGUGGUCUUGAUAUAUAACAAUAUAUAUUAACUGUAAGAAAAGGAUGCAGAUUACAGGAUUCGCUUUUUGACCUUUAAAAAAAUGAACUGCAUAUCUACAAAACUGCAUUUCAAAAACUCCUUUUUAUAACAACUGUAAAUUGGCUUAUUCCAUACAGGGCUGCGAAGUUGCUUAAAAUAUUGUUUGUAAAUAAAUGACAUCUGGUAUUAACUAUAUUUAAAGUCUGUAAAGAUGUAAUGUUAUUAUCGCACAGAGCCGCACUGCAUUACUGAAGCUCUAAUUGUAAUCUAUCCUUGACAAAUUGACUCAAACCUGUAGUAUAUAAACUUUACAUAACUUAAGUCUUUGCUAUGUGCCAUAGUCAGCCAUUUAUUUCAGACGAAUUGUCUAGCCGAGAAAAAAUAUGUACAUAGUUAUGUAAUAUAUUAGCAUGAAGCAUGAAGCAUUCCUUUUAUUCGGCAGUGUGGCUUUCUGCGACUACAAUACCCAAAAUGCAGUGCUUUCCUUUUACCGGUAAAUACAAAGUUAAAUACAAACGCUAUUUUAAUAAAAGCCAAGUACUUAUACUUAA